CCAUUUUCAACCCCACCAUGUAAAAUUAUAAAUUUACACACAGCCACACAGGCACGCCUUAUUGAGAGAAAAAGCUGUUUCCGAGUACAAAAUCCGUAUCGAGAAAAUGCCAACUAUAGGUAGUUUGUCUGGCAUGGAGAUAACCGGCACCGGCGUUGAAGGUAGUUUUGCUGGUGUUGGUUGGGAUCGCCGUCGUAGAGGUCGUCGCUCCAACCGCCGGUGUCGCAUCCCAAUUGAAAUUACAAACGAAGCUUCCUUCAACGACUACAUUAGCAGCCUGUCAUUCACCGUGGGGUACUCUUGCGGAAUCCAUUCGUACAAUCACACCCCUAGUAUACCCAUUUCAGAAGAAGUUGAUUUGGAGAGUGGUGAAUUGGUUUUCUCUGAAAAUGAUGGAAAACAAUGCCGAAUUUGUCAUCUGAAGUUCGAAGGUGGCGAUGAUGAAGAGAUGGGGGAGGAUAACGGCGAGGCUUUGGAAUUGGGGUGUGAUUGCAAAGGCGAUCUGGCUACUGCUCACAAAAAAUGUGCACUGACAUGGUUUCUGAUCAAACAAGACUUGAAUUUUAUGGUGUCUGAUUCAUGUGUGCAUGUGGCUAAAGCAUGGGCUCUUCGAGAUUCUAUCAUAUGUGUUAUUGAUUUGCUAUUAAGACUUGUACGGAAAUGCGAAAUCUGUGGGUCUAUAGUGCACAAUGUUGGUGCCUUGGUGCAGAAUGUUGAUUAUGAGGCGAUAGUGCAGGUAGGGAACAAUGGUGAGGAUGAAGUUCAGCCUCCCGAAUCAUUAGCCUCAGUCGUUGAUGCUGAAAAUGGAAGUUCUACUUCUAUGUAUGGACGAAGGAUUGUGAAUGUGAUGCUAGGUUGCAUGACUUUCGGCUUUGUAAUCUCCUGGCUCUUUCACUUCAACGUGUUGCAUUGA